AUGAGCAUCGCGAGCGACAAAAGCUCACUUGAGACAUCUGUUACCGUGGCCCCCAGCUCCGCCGCCAAAGUCCGACUACUCGAUCUCUUGUGGGGUGGAUGGCCUCCUGGAAGGCAGCCCAAUGCCUACCUCGCAUACUACGCACAGCAGUGCGACCUUUUCUUCGUCGAGCAGGGCGAAUUGUGCCCCAUUUCUGGAAAUGUCGACGGACAUGUCGCAACUCACCAGGAGCUCGUCGACGUUGCGAUGAAGCUUAUCGACGGAUCGCGAACGAAGGAUGACAUCGUCGCCGAGCUCCAAGCGCCAAAGAACUCGUCAGCCGCAGCCGGGUCCCCAGCAUAUACUGUUGUCGAAAAUGCGGUCAAUUGGGCAGCGAGAGCUCUCACAUGCACCGAGAUAGGGACGCUGGCUUGUGCAUUCUCGUCUCGCAGGCCCUUGGUCUGGAAAAGCGGCUCUUUACAAAGCUUCCUCGCCGACGUCUUCGUCGCUAAUCAGAUAGCGAGCGUGCAAGUCCGGCUUGAGAGGAACUUCAAUGCGCGCAAUUUGGAGCGCCUUGCAGGAGUCAAAAUCGAGUGGACCAACGACCUGUCGUCCCACCUAAGCCUGAGAGACGAUGACACGAAAGUAUUGGUCUUUCAUCACGCCAAGUUUCUAGACAACAUCAAACACGACAUAUUUCCACCCAAUCUUUGCGAGGAGACGUUGCGAACCCUUGCGCUGCUUUUGCCAGCAUCGGAUCGCGAUACGCAGCGAUGGUUCCAGAAGCAGAAGUCCGCUCAUAACCUCGACGGGGAAGCAAUUCGAUGCCGCAAGCUUCGCGCAGAUGAUCGCCAGAUCGAGGCCUUUUGCUUUUGGGGCGAGCGUCUAUCCAUUCUCAAGCAGGUUUUCGAUGAGGCCGAGCCGAAGACGCUCUCGCAGUGGUGGCACGACCGCCGGAAGGGCCCGCAGUGGUAUACGUUCUGGGUAGCAAUAGCCGUUCUUGCGCUGACUGUAUUCUUUGGCGUUGUCCAGUCGAUUGAGGGCGCCUUGCAGGUGUACAAGGCAUAUCACCCAUCAUAG